AGAAAGAGGGAAGAAGAAAAAAGAAAGAGAAAAAAUGGUGGCUAUUUCACUGUACAAAGGCAACCUCCACAAGGUGCCGGAUGUUCCCCGCAGUUGGCCGUGCCCAUCUCCGACGAUUUCACCCAAGGACUUCAAAAAUCUCCUUCGGCGCCGCGCCAGAGCCCUCUCCCGCCUCCACUCCUCCGACGACGACGUAGCCGCGAUUUCAAACCCUAAUCCCGCCCCUGCCCCUAAUUCCAUACCAGAACCUGCUAAUUCUGCUCCGAUUCUCCCGGAUAAUGCUGUGAGUGAUAGCGAUGGUGGUGUUAUCGCCGAUAAUCCCUGCUCUGAAGCUGAAUUGCUGCCGGCGGGGGAUUUGAAGGAUGGAGAAGGGGAAAAGGAGGAGGAGGAAGUUAGAGAAGAGGGGAAAAUGGCGGAUGAGGGAAAAGAUUCUGUGAGGAAAAUGAUGGACAGAACUGAUGCUAUGGUGGAGGUGGAAAAUCCGGUGGUACAGAAGAGCAACGAAGAAAAUUCUUCAAGUGAAGUGGAGAAGAGGAAAAAGGAGGUUCAGGAGAAGUUGGAAACUUUGAACGAUAAAAAACAUGGUUUAGUACAAGUACUGAAACAGAUAUUGAAAGCAGAAGAGCAGUUAAAGAGACAAAAUAGCACGCAAGGGAUAUCUGGCCGCCCCCCUCUUCCACUACAAGUUGAUACCACAAAUGAUUCUGGUUCGAUGACUAGGAUUAACACUCCUAGGGUGGGGUCCGAUGGAAAUCCUUCCGGUGAAACGGAGGGAGGAGGAGAAGCCGAUGACGUGUCAAAUCAUAAUAUGCAUUCUCGUAAUUUGCCACGUAUGAGCAGUACUUCACCAUCUUCCGACUCUCAACAACGAAAGCCAGCCUCUAAUAUGGUACCUCACUCUUAUCGAACAACAUUGGGAGUUGUAGGUAGUCCAUCACGUUUUGCGCCAGCUGGACAAGGCCACUCUGUUACAGUAUCGGGAGCAAGUUUUAUAGGAUCUUCUCCUUCUCCAGCAGCAUCAGGCGGCACUUCCGUCUUUAGAGAUAGCAGGCUCCCAAGUCCUUGGAACUAGUUCCGGAAGUUUCUAGAAGCUGCUCAUAUGCAUAGUUAGAAAAGGGAUUUAGGUUUUUACAUCGAUUAAGUUGAUUUGUUAUUGUUUCGCGACCGCAUGCGUGAAAUGUAUCGUAUUGUAUGAUGUGGAAGUACUUAUCAUGAUCAAUCAUCAACUUACUAAUUUGUAAAUAGCUUUGUCUUUCCUUUUUUCUUUUUUUCUUUUUUUUUUUUUUGAAUAAUUAUCGGUUUUAAAUUUGGGGACACAUUAGCUGUUUUUUGA